AUGAUGACGGAUACAGCUGUGCAACAGCAAAUAGAUACUAAUGGUCAAGUAUUAGUAACAGAAUCUGAACGAGAAGCUUUGAUUCAAAAAUUAACUGCAAAAUGGACUGUAGAUUUGUCAAAACGAGUUGAAAGUCUUGCAUAUGAAAAAUCACGUGGUGUUAAACCUAUUUAUCAUAAAUUUGUUCAAAACUAUUAUCAACAAGUUCAAAAUGCAUAUCAAAAUCGUGCUCAACAACAACAACAACAAUUGCAACAGCAACAACAAUUACAACAACAAUUACAAUUACAAUUACAACAACAACAACAACAACAACAACAACAACCACAGCAACAACAAUUACAACAGCAUCAACAAUUACAACAACAAUUACAAUUACAAUUACAACAACAACAACAACAACAACAACAACAACAACAACAACAACAACAACCACAGCAACAACAAACAUUACAAUCAUUAAAUAAUAAUGCACAAUAUCUAAAUCAACAAUUGAAUCUUUCUCAAUCAUCAUCAGUACCUAUGCAUACACAAUCAAAACAUCCAUUGAAUACUAUGCUUAAUCAACAAACUCGUUUUUCUCCGACACAACAAUCAUUACAAUCCCGUAUGACAAGUCCACAAACAGGUGGUCUUAAUCAAGUUGUACGAUUACGUGACCCACAAAAAUUCAAUCAAUCAUCUCUUAAUACAGUUCCAUUUACAUCAUCAACAUCACUUAAUUCAGUUUCAACACCAUUAACAGCACAAAAAAUAGAUUUAUCUCAAAAUUAUACAGCUCAACAACAAAUAAAUAAUGUAAAUCUAAAUGAUUAUUUAUCUCAACAACCAAUAGUUCAAGGUCGAUAUUCAAUUCAACAAACAUUAAAUCCACGACCUCGUAUAGCAACGAAUUCUAAUGGAAAUUUAUCACAAAUAUCAACAUCGAAUAAUGCAAAUGAUAUUUUACAUCAAUUUGUUGUUGGAAAUCCACCAACAAAUUCAAUGACAUCAUCAUCAUCAUCAAUGGCAACACCAGUAACGAAUACGUCUUCAACCGGUGAUCGAUUAUUACAACAAAUACUUUUAUCUAAUAAUGAUGGAACAGCGAAUAAAAUAUCUAUACAAAAUCGACAACCAUCUUUACAACAAUCAACACCAUCGAUUAUGCCACAACAAAUUCGAACAACUAAUACAACGAACAGUAAUAUUACAAACAGUGUAAAUUCCCUUCGAUCAUCAUUAACACCUCAACAACCAUCACCUUUACCAUCAAUUACAGUAAUGCCAAUAACAGCUCAAGCUCAAACAUCAAAUGUUCAAGUUCAACCAUCUACUAAUAUCACUAUUCAACAAAGUCCUUUAAAUACUAAUAAUGGUCCAUUUUCACAACCAAUGAUACAACCAUCAUCAAUAAUAAUGAAUAAUUCAACACCAUUAUUUAAUAAUCAUUCAUCACCAAUCAAUCGUUCAGUACAAUUAUCAGCUAGUGGUAGUAUUUCAAGUCCAGACGAAGAAACUAUUAAUUUAAUAAAAUAUCUUAAAGAAAAUAUUGUUAAAAUCCAAGCAUUAUGUCAAAAAUAUGCAAAUGAAGGUCAUCUAGAUAAAGCUCGUAAUGCUCAAGCUGUUCAUCAACAAAUGGUUCAAUUUAUCAAUAAUCCAACUUAUGAAAGUUUAACAAAUGCAAAACAUAUUCGCGAUAAUCUUGAACGAAUUUCUAGUCGAUCACAACAAUCAAAUUCAUUAUUACCAAAUACAACAAUACCAAAUAAUUCAACACCUACACAAACAAAUGAUUUUCAUCAAUAUGAAAAAGCAUUUAAUGAAUAUAUUUCACGUGAUCAAAGAAAACGACUUUAUUUAAGUAAAUUAUUCGUUGAACCAUUAAGUGAUGUUAUUAAUGGUGUACCACAUAAAAAAAUUCGUCUUGAUAAUGAUAAUAGUUCAAAUCAAAUAAGAAUAAAAACAGAAAAUUUUUCUUCAUCAAAUCAAUCAUCAUUAUUAUCUCAUAUUAAUGAUGAACUUAUUUUAUUACCAGCUAAUAUUUUUCUUAUUGAAUAUUUACCAAUAUCACAUACAAUACAAAAUAAUGAAUUAACUGAUGAAUAUUUAAGUAAAAAUGGUAUUAUUGUUCGAUGUAAAUUAUUAGAACCAUCAAAUCCUCUUAUACCAUCAUUACGAUUACGUAUUUCAACACGUUAUCCUCAAGAACAACCAGAAAUUUUAUCAUUAACAAAAUCAAUGCCACCAAAACUUGAAUUUACAGAUGGUCAUCCAUUUUUUGAACAAAUUUCAACAUUAUUUAUUUCUUAUCUAUUUAAAUUACCUCCUCAACAUACCAUAACUGAUAUUCUCAAUAUUUGGCGUCAAUCCGUCCAAGCUGCUAUGUAA